AUGAUAGAAGAAACAGCGAAGCAGACUUUGCAAACACAGCAAAAGGAACCACUGAAAGAGGAGACACCGACACAAAGUCAACAGACUGCAAACCUGGAAGAUGAGCGGAGUGGGGAAUGUGUAGACAGGGCUGCGUCACAACAAACACAGCACCAACAGCGGCUACAGGGUGAUGUCCCGGUACAGCAGCAAGCACAGGACAUUCCGAAUGACGUCAUAACAAAAGCCAAAGAGCGACUCCAGGGUGGUGUAACCGAGGAGCAGCUUGGAACAGCCGAACACCCGCGUCUCUCCAUCUGGGACUUUGGCGGCCAGGCAGCGUACUACGGCUCGCACCAGAGCUUCUUUACCUACCGCGGGAUCUACAUCCUGGUCAUGUCACUGCUGCAGAAGCUGUCAGACCCAGUUCCUGAUCUGGACUACAAGGCAUCAGCUGACAACCUCGUCACUGGAAGAGACUACCUAGACCACUGGCUGAACUCAGUCCACACACACACCCUGGUGCACGGACAGGAACACACGGGGAAGCCUCCUGUCGUCCUGGUCCUCACACACAAGGACAAUGUCAGCAAGUCCGACAUUGAGAACUACAAGAAAGAAGUACUUGAACACAUCAGUGGUAAGGCUGCCGGCAAACACGUCUUACCGAGGAUUUUUGUCGUCAACAACUUUGACAAGGACAACAGCGACAUUGACGAGCUCCGAGAGUACCUCUGUGAGGUGGCGAAGUCUCAGUGGUACAUGGGCCAGGAGGUGCCGAUAACCUGGCUUCAUCUGAAGUCCAAACUGAUGGACAAGCGGAAAGAGGGCGACCCUUUCUGUCCUUUCCAAGAUGUCGUAGGUCUGGCCCGGGGUGAUGACGUGGGCAUCACAGACGACAGUCAUGUUGCUGACAUCCUGACCUUCCUGCAUGACCUUGGUGACAUCAUCUUCAUCAACGAACAUUUCCUCCGCGAUCACGUGGCCCUUCGACCCCAGGUGAUGAUUGACGUCUUCAAGACCAUCAUUACCGUACCUGAGUACCAACAAGACAGGAGCAUGGGUGGGGAGGUUGCCGAGAUGUGGAGGAGGCUGGAGAACGAAGGCAUCCUCAGUGACAGGCUGUUGACAAUCAUCUGGACCAAAGCAGAUCAGAAGAUGCAGAAACCCUUUCUACUCCAGAACAAGACCUUCCUCAAGCGACUGAUGGAGAAGUACUACCUCAUCUGCAACGCUACGCCGAUCGGUGUGGUUGACAACACAAUGCAAGAGCCUGAGAAAGAAGAGAUCUACUUCGUACCAUCUCUUCUGGCCUCAAAGCCUGACGAGGGCACCUUGUAUCCUCACAUGACGAGAUGCCAGUCACCCCUGUAUGUCGUAUUCGACAACAUGUUCCUCCCCAGCGGCAUGUUCUACCGUCUACAAGCAAUCUGUGUGCGCAGGUUUGGUCUUCAAGAGUCCCGUGUGUUUGUCAGCUGCGGUCGAUUUCCUACCGAUGAUGCAAAGCAACAGUUCGUGGUAACCAAGGUGAAGCACUACCUGAAGGUGGAGCUUCUGUCGUCUGAAUCUGAAGACCAGUCAGUGUUCACACAGGGACUUCCCGUUAGAAAGUUUCUCAGUAGCUGUCUGUUCGAGAUCAAGGAGAAAUGGAUUCCCUCCAUCCAGUAUGAUUGGUGCUUUGGGGAGGAGUCAGACGAAGGAACUGGCAAAAUGGCAUUCCACAAGCUCUCUGACAUUGGGCGUGAAAUGGGAAUGGGGUCUAGUUGGUGA